AUGAUCCCAUGUCCCCUCCGGCUCGCACAAAUACUAAUGAAUCGUUCAUCCUGUCGGCUGGCUCAAUCAAUACCCUUAGCGACUACGAAACUUCCAAGGAUUUUUCGCCAUCUGCAGUACCGGCCCCAUUACACAUGCGGACUCCGUCUGCUUCCCAAGGUGCAACGAAUGGAGCUCCAACUACCAAAUAUCCGGCGCGAAAGAGCAGCUUGA